CUGGGAAAUGUUAGUUGCAUUUCUACCUUGCCAUUCGAUUGGCACCCAGUACCCUUUUACACACGCUGUUAGCCUCAGAUAGCAUUUUUAUAUAUAGUCUCCUUUUAUCUUUUGUUCAUCGAUUUCCAAUAUCUACAAGUUGGUUUGAUCUGAGGAAACAAUAAAGAGCCGGGAUAUCGGUUCAACCCUCCAACAGAUUGAAACAAACAUGGCGGAUUCGGUUAUCGAACCCGCGGAAAGUAGCAACGCAAAUGUCGCCCCGGUCGAGGACCUGUUGCAAACGGCCUCACUUCAGAAUUGCCAGCGCCUAGUCGUUUUGGGUUCCGCUCGAUCCGGAAAGUCGUCCCUGGUGGCUAGGUUUUUGAAUAACAAAUUUAGCGAUUCCUACACGCCGACCAUCGAGAACUUCUACCGUAAAGUGUACCGCAUUCGAGGCGAAGUUUACCAACUUGACAUUUUGGAUACCAGCGGCAACCAUCCUUUCCCAGCCAUGCAGCGGUUAUCCUUCAUCACAGGCGACCUGUUCCUUUUGGUCUUCAGCGUUGACAGUCGCGAGUCGUUCGAAGAAGUUGCCCGUCUACGAUCGCAGAUCAUCGAAACCAAAUGUCACAUUGGAGGUCGACAAAUGACCACUCAGCAAUCGUUUCGUGGAAGCAAAAAGACAAACACGCCCAACCUUGUCCCCAUGAUCAUUGCCGGAAACAAAUGCGAUCGAGAAAUGAGAACGGUGACGGCGGAUGAGUCGGCCAUGUUGUGUUCCGGUUUCGCUGGCUGCGGAUUUGUCGAGACGUCAGCCAAAAAGAAUUGGAAUAUCGACGAACUGUUCCGCCAACUUUUCCAAUUGGCUGAUCUUCCACCCGAAAUGGCUCCCAACUCUCAUCGAAGACUUUUACCCGCUCAGCUCCUGGGUUCGUCGGGUAGCGUGCCCAUGCCGCCCAUGCUAACGUCGUCGUCGCCAAUGGCGCAGCAGAGUAAGAAGAAGGGCGGAUCACGUCGCUUUCACGGGCUAUCCAUCCGAAGACGAAUGAGCGACGCCUACGGUGUUGUGGCCCUCAACGUUCGACGACCCUCACUCCAUACCGAUCUGAUGAUUAUGAAGAAAAAGACUUCACAGAGGCAACCCAAUACGACCUCGUCAAACGCGCCGUCGGCCAGAUCCCGAUCCCUCAGAUGCGUCAUUCAGUGAGGAAAUUUAAAAUAAAAACGGGAGUGAAUUAAUCAAUCGGAUGGGUGGGAAAUGCAUCGACCGUUCACACACCGAAGAAUAAAAAUGACACAACAUUCUUCCCCUUAUUUUAAUUUUUUUGGCAAACACAUCAUUUUAAAUUUUAUUACGUGUUUUUUGGGGGGUAAUUCUGAAAAAAAAAAUCGAUGUCGACACGCUGCUGUACUCAUAUUAUUUAUAUAUCAUAUACAAAGCCGCGAAAAAUUGUGUGUGAUAAUUCUCUGAUGAAAAUGGAAGUGCGAUGAUGGGCGAAAUAAAUCAACACAACACGGAUGGAAUUUUUUUUUCCACUAACCACAUGUCUAGUAUAUUCUAAAAUCAAACACGCAUCAUUGCAGAGAGAAACAGAAACACGGGAUCGACAUAUGUUUUAUUGAUUUUUUUUUUAAAU